GUGAAGAAGCCCCGGGGGGUGGAGUGUACCGGCCAGCCGAUUCCUCUCUGCCAUCGCCUCGGAGCGCGCUCGGAGCCGGACACCAUGUCUAUGGGGCUGGAGAUCGGGGGGGUGGCCCUGUCCGUGCUGGGCUGGCUGUGCAGCAUCAUCUGCUGCGCGCUGCCCAUGUGGCGGGUGACGGCCUUCAUCGGCAACAACAUCGUGACGGCGCAGAUCAUCUGGGAAGGGCUGUGGAUGAACUGCGUGGUGCAGAGCACGGGGCAGAUGCAGUGCAAGGUGUACGACUCCAUGCUGGCGCUGCCCCAGGACCUGCAGGCCGCCCGCGCCCUCCUUGUUGUGGCCAUCGUGCUGGCCGUGCUGGGCUUGAUGGUCGCCAUUGUGGGAGCGCAGUGCACCCGCUGCGUGGAGGAUGAGACGACCAAGGCCAAGAUCACCAUCGUCUCCGGUGUCAUCUUCCUUCUCUCCGGCAUCAUGACCCUCAUCCCCGUCUCCUGGUCAGCCAACACCAUCAUCCGGGAUUUCUACAACCCGCUGGUGCUCGACCCUCAGAAGCGGGAGCUGGGCACAUCUCUCUACGUGGGCUGGGCGGCAGCCGCGCUCCUGCUCUUUGGGGGGUCUCUCCUCUGCUGCUCUUGCCCCCCCAAAGAUGAGAGGUACGCGCCCAGCAAGGUGGCCUAUUCCGCCCCGCGCUCCGCCGUGACCAGCUACGACAAGAGGAACUAUGUGUGA